AAUUUCGAAUUUCGAAUGAUAGUAGAUGUGUAUGUGUGUGAGUGAGGAACGUGUAGCAAAACGUGCCGCAAAAAAAAAUCCACUACAAUUGCGCGAUAGUGAGGAAGUGAUAAGGAAACUAGUGUUUAAUCGCGCAAUACUGGACGAUAGUGAUAUACUGGAGGCAUAGCAAGCUGUUGGAAAAAACAGCAUAAGGGAAGAUAAAAAUUGAGGUGGUGUGGCAAAACAAACACAGUUACAGCUCACGUGCUUGCGAAUAGGCGACAGUGGUGUGCGUGAGCGAGCACCCGCCAUUGACUCUUUUGACAUUCAAAAACUCAAGUCAGUCAGUUAUAGAUCGGCGCUCCGUGUAAAGCACAUGUUUGCGACAAUUUUCUCUCAAUUUCACUUAUCUUGAAGAGAAAAAAAAAACUUGUGAAGAAAAUCCAACAAGAAACCCUGGACAAUCGUCAGUAGCAAUAGACGUGUGUUCGUGGCAAAAUAAAUUAGUUUAUCAAUUUGCGUACGAAAUCAAAAAGUUCGUGUGGUCACUAUUUUUUUGCGCGAAAUCCUAAAGGAAAAUCCGAAAGAAGGGCAAGAAAAAUUCCUGCAUCUCAAUCUGCAAGGCAACAAGAUCUUUGAAGGCAAUUUAGUGUGAAGCGAGGGAGCGUGUGGUAUCAAUUUGCAAUAUCAACCAGUUUCGUGCUGAGAAAUUCAUCUCAACAUAAAUUUUUUUAGUGCAAAAGUUAUCUCCUUCGAAGACUCAACAAUGGCUUCAGAUUUAGUUAUAAAAGAGAUUAAACAACAAUGUGAAGAACUGGAACUCACAGAUGAAAAGACCAAGACAUUUAUGACCAGAAUUCUUGCGGAAAUCAACAGAGGUCUGAAGAAAGAAACACAUGCAGAAGCUGAUAUUAAAUGUUUCGUCACCUAUGUUCAGGAUUUGCCAAAUGGAAAAGAAACGGGCGAAUUCCUGGCACUUGACUUGGGUGGGACAAAUUUCAGAGUUCUUCUGAUUCAUCUUAAGGGUGAAAAUGAUUUUGAAAUGUUGUCCAAAAUCUAUGCUAUUCCCAAGAAUAUUAUGAUUGGCACGGGAAAGCAACUUUUUGAUCACAUUGCUGAGUGUUUGGCCAAUUUUAUGAAGGAACAUGAAGUUUAUAAAGAGCGACUUCCCUUGGGCUUCACAUUCUCCUUCCCACUCACACAACUUGGACUGACAAAAGGUAUGCUCGUGAGGUGGACAAAAGGCUUCGAUUGUGAAGGUGUUGUAGGUGAAGAUGUUGUUCAAUUGCUGAAGGAUGCUAUUGCAAGACGUGGGGAUGUCCAAAUCGAAGUGUGCGCUAUUCUUAAUGAUACAACGGGUACAUUGAUGUCUUGUGCAUGGAAAAAUCACAAUACAAAGAUUGGAUUAAUUGUUGGCACGGGAAGUAAUGCGUGUUACGUGGAAAAAGUUGAGAAUGCUGAGUUGUUCGACGUGCCAAACAAUAAGAAACCUCACGUGCUGAUCAACACAGAAUGGGGUGCAUUCGGAGACAAUGGAGCCCUUGAUUUUGUUCGCACAGAAUUUGAUCGGGAGAUCGAUGAGAAUAGCAUAAAUCCCGGAAAACAAUUGCAAGAGAAGAUGAUUUCAGGAAUGUAUCUGGGUGAAUUGGCGCGACUGGUGAUUCAAAAAUUCACAAAAUCUGGCCACCUGUUCAAGGGCAAGGGAUCAGAUUUGCUGUUCCAGCGAUGGAAGUUCUUCACGAAGUACGUUUCUGAGAUUGAAUCGGAUAGUCCUGGAGUUUUUACCAAUUGCCGUGAAGUGCUGGAAGAAUUGGGCUUGGGACAUGCAACAGAUGUGGAUUGUGCCAAUGUCCGAUAUAUCUGUGAGUGCGUGUCACGUCGGGCGGCUCAUCUUGUGUCUGCUGGAAUUGCAGCGCUCAUCAAUAAGAUGGGAGAACCAAUUGUAACAGUUGGUGUUGAUGGUUCUGUCUAUCGUUAUCAUCCCAAAUUCCACAAUUUGAUGAUGGAAAAGAUGAAACAAUAUGUGACUCCGGGUAUUAGUUUCGACCUCAUGCUUUCGGAGGAUGGUUCAGGACGAGGAGCUGCUCUUGUGGCGGCUGUUGCUUCGCGUGAAAACCAUUAAGACGUCUUCCCCAUCGUGUAAAUACAAUUCACCAAGAAAAAAAAAGUGACUACCCGCAGAUCUAUGGCAAGAAAAAGUGAUUGAAAUGUAGAGGAUUUAAAUUUAAUUGCAACACAAUUACAACUUGGGAAAGAAAUCUAAUUCCUUUUGUACAAGUAGCUAAAUAAUUUGCUUUAAGGGGGAGAAAAAGUGACCGCCAGAUUUUGAGAGUCGAAGAAUAAAAGACAAACGCUUUAUUAUGUUGUAGAUUUGUUAUCACACAAAUUUUAUCAAUCAUUUAGAUUGUGCCAUUUGAUUUCUUUUUAAUUAUUCACCCGCCUUCAGAGCAUGUCUUAAGAAAAAGAAUUAAAAAAAAACCAAAAUUCUCAUGUAAAAAGAAAGAAAAAAAAUAAAA